AGGAGAGCGGCUCCAGUUCUAAAUCACACAAAAGGCGCUUUUGAUUGAUUGUGUGGUUUCCAAUUGUAGCGUUUUUUGUGUUCGCACGGCAAGGCGCAAUUGGGUGAACCUGUGGAGGGCGUGGGGCUCGUGAUGAAACGCACCCCAUCCUCCCCGCAACCUUCACGCGGAGCUGGAGGAUGAAGGGACCGCGGACGUGGAUGCGGUAGGAGCUUCGCGUGCUACAGAUUCCGCACAAACACACACGCACACAUGAUAUAUAUGACGGAGCGAGUUACCGUAGCAUGGCGGGACCGUGCUAUUUUUAAAGAAAAAGACACGAUUCGGUAAAAACGCGAACGGGAAGCUCGCCUCCUCCUGCCAUUUUCACCGCUAAUCCUAUUGCUGGAUUUCACGUCGGACGAGAACACCUCUGUUUUCCCUUUGCAGUGAGUGACGGCUAUAAGCGCUCCGAUCUAACGUUUAGCUCAAUCAGUGACACUGUCACUGUUGGUUAUAAUAUCGAUUUGUUCUCGUAAAAUAAAAAAUACCAAAGGGGAAUGGAGUUUUUACACGUCCAGGGAUGCGGCCCACUGGAAACUGAUGCAAUUCUUCUGAAUCAAAAGGAUGUGCGAAGGAACACUUAGUAAUGAACGAUGUUUCUUCGUGUUUCAGUUCACAGCGGAAAGCCUGUUUUUCGAGCAAUGGUGGCAGCGACGCUGUGAGAGUCCAGCGGCAGCACAGCCUGCGUCGUCCACCGUUUCCGUUUGUGCGACGAACAAUACACAGGAGGGCUCGGCGUCGGGCGCCUCUCCAUUAAAUAACUGCACCGAACAACUUUUACCCCGAUAUUUGGUGGCAUAAUAUUUGGUGGCCGGGAGAAGACACUGCGGAUGCCGCUCACUUACAGAACUGCAUGUGACUCGUUUCAAGUGGCUGGGCUUUGCAGCCAGAGCACCUUGUUCGUUACCUUGUUUUGCUGUAUGUGAUUUAUUCGGCCACUUUUGAACUUGUGCUACAAGAAUCAGUCUACGAAGGACAUAUCUGCGCUCUCACCAUCAUCAUCAUCAUGCCCACGUCCCGCUCCGGCGCCAGCGCCGUGGAAUACUGGGUGGACGGCUCGCGCCGCGAUGUCUCCAUGCAGGAGUUCUACACCAUGGGCCCGGAGCUGGGGAGGGGGGCCACAUCAGUGGUGUUCCGCUGUGAAGAGAAACAAACACAGAAGCCCUAUGCUGCAAAGAUCCUGAAGAAAACUAUUGACAAGAAAAUAGUGAGAACAGAAAUUGGAGUUCUGUUAAGACUCUCUCACCCAAAUAUUAUUCGCCUGAAGGAAAUCUUCGAGACAGAAAUGGAGAUUGCUCUUAUCCUGGAGCUGGUGACUGGAGGGGAACUCUUUGACAGGAUUGUGGAGAGAGGGUAUUACAGUGAGAGAGAUGCUGCUCAUGUCAUCAAGCAAAUUCUCGAGGCUGUAGCGUAUUUACACGAGAAUGGAGUAGUGCACCGAGACCUCAAACCAGAGAACCUCCUCUAUGCUGACCUGUCAUUGGAUGCCCCUCUCAAGAUAGCUGAUUUUGGCCUCUCCAAGAUCAUAGAUGAGCAAGUAGCAAUGAAGACAGUUUGUGGCACUCCUGGGUACUGUGCUCCGGAAAUUCUCAGAGGUAACACAUAUGGUCCGGAGGUGGACAUGUGGUCCGUGGGAGUCAUUCUCUACAUUCUGCUCUGUGGUUUUGAACCAUUCUUCGACCCAAGGGGGGACCAGUACAUGUACAGUCGCAUCCUCAAUUGUGACUAUGAGUUUGUCUCCCCCUGGUGGGACGAGGUUUCCCUCAACGCCAAGGACCUGGUCAGUAAGCUCAUUGUCCAGGACCCCCACAAGCGGCUGACUGUGCAGCAGGCCUUGCAACACCCCUGGGUUCUAGGGAAAGCUGCCCGCUUCUCACAUAUGGACACUACCCAAAGGAAGCUGCAGGAGUUCAAUGCCCGCCGGAAACUGAAGGCUGCAAUGAAAGCUGUUGUCGCUACCAGUCGCAUGCAUGAAGGGUCCCGCCGACGUACAGACAGCUGUGAAGGCCCAGGGUGUGACAAGACCUCUCGACAGAGCAGCAUGCAGAAAGACCUUUCUCAGGACCACCAGAGUCAAGAGAGCCACAACAGAAGUUCUCCAGUACCUGCCGGGGAGGUGGUUUUGCCAAGCCAGUCACCCCCGCUUCCUUGUGUUCUUUCACAAUGCAGCCCCAACAAGCCCACUGCUCAUCCUAGACCUGCAGGUUCCCCAACCAGUCCUCUGAUCACCCGGCCACCCCUCAAGCCUGAAGGCUUGAAACAGAUGUCUCUACUCCCCAAAACUGCUGUGGUCCGUCCAAGGAUGCCCACUAAGAGCUGCUCAGUGGUUCCCCCUGACAAACAUGAGACUACCCCUGCCCUAACCACUCCACCAAGUCCCAAAAUCCUCAGCAACGGCUUUGUGGUGGAGGUCGACACUAGCAACAAGACAGCUCAGUGCCAGUGAGGAUACAGUACUGGAAGAACAAAGGAAGAAAUGGACUCACUUUUUGGCAUGGGGUAAAUUUGCUGUCUGGGUCUUAGUUAUUGCUAUGUACAAAGAAAAAGCAGAUCUAUUACAUCCACUUCCCAUAUAUCUUAUUUUAUCAACUACGAUUACAGACUUCUUAAAUAAACACUUCUUUCUUGUUCUGAGUGUAAGAUAAUAUUUCAGAUAGAUUACUGUAGCUGCCAAUGACUGAUUUGUUUUCCAUAAGAAAUAUCUUGGAUAGUGUUUAAAUUCAUGUCUUUAUAUCCACUUUGUCACUUCAGUUUACUCUGUAUAGCCUUAUAGGCUACUGUACAUGAGUUCUUGCUUAAUAUUCUCAGCACCUUUAUUGUUUUUUUUCCUCUCCUUUGAAGCAGUCACAUAGUAAGGACAUUGUACUUGUGAAUUCAUACAUAUAGUAAAAGAAUACUUUAGUGUUGUUGCAGGAAAUUUUGUUCUUACUGUAAGUGCUGUAGAAAUCAGAAUCAAUUCCUUCAUCAAAGGGAUGCAGAUCAUUCAUCCUUUGAGGAAUCUCUUUAGAUCUGCAUCAUCCUUUCUUUGUGUGAAAUAUUUUACGAGAAGAUGUUGAUUCUUUAUUAUAGGACAGUCAUUAGCUGAAAGUUUUUUUUUUUCAGUUGAAUCAGCUGAACUUGCUUUCCUGCUUUAUUCCACUGAGAAAUGUUCACAGCCACACUACCUACCUCGUGACGGCAUUGAGACUUCCAGCAAUGGACUGUGGAUUCUCUGAACCUUUUCCAUAACAGCAACAUGAGUAGAAUUUAUUCCUCCAACAGUCAUGUUUAUCUCACCAUCCCCUUUUACUUUCGGUAUCAAAGGGCUCUUUACUGCUGACAUCUGACAUUAAAAACUGAAAAAAAACCAUUCCCUUGUUGGAAACUCAACUUUAGCAUAAUUUAUAUAUGUAUGCAUUCAGCUGGGUAGAUGCUCCUAAACAAUCCACCAGGUUUCCAAUUGCCAAAAGAGUUCCGUCAAAAAAAUAAAUUAUUAUUAUU